AUGCUAUUAAAGACAACUUUAUUAGGCAUUUGUGUAGAAAUAUAUUAAAUCUUAGCUAUCAAUAACAAACCUUACAUAAUUUCAAAAUUUAAUAAUUUAGAUUUAAAAUCAGGGUAAAUUUGCUUAAUUGCUAUUUUUCUUGCAGCAAGUCUCUAUGAAAGUUAAGUCUUGCAAAAUAAUUUUUUUUCCAUGAUCUUUUAAGUCUUAUUGAUUUUAUUAUUAUUUCAACUAAGUUUACCUUUUAUUAAAGAAAUUGUAAUUAUAUAUUCCAAAAAAUAUUCAUUGCCAAUAUUAACAAAGAUCCAUCCUAUGUUAAAGAAAUCAAAAAUAAAUUUGUUUAGAAAAAUUGGAAUUUAUUUGGAUAAAGAAUUUGAGAAAAGAAAAAAUUUAUAAAUGAAUAUUAAAAAAAUGAAAUCGUCCCUUAAAUUUGAAAGUAGAAAGGAAGUUAUGUAAUAUUGUUAUUAAUUUAAGAACGUUUACCAAAAGACCAACCGUUAAAUCAAAUUCAAAUAGCAGGGCAUCUUUUAUCGAGAUCAACAAUUAAUCAUAAUUUUGA